AUGUCUGUGCUUCAACCAUUUACUGAACAAUUCCAAGAAAAAUUUGAAAACUAUCUUCAGCCUCGAUAUGAAAAGAUAGGACAACAACUUUACAAGGUUUUAGUUAGACAAUUUAGUGCUUGGAUUGGUGAUGAUGAUUCUACAAAAAGACCAAAUACAACACCCAUUAAUGUUUUUGAAAAAAUUGUUAUUGAUUAUCAUAUAGACUAUGAAGACUUUCUCCAAGGUCUAACUAUAAUUGACAAGGGAUUCAAUAGACAUAAAGAAUAUAUAACUGAUGCCACUAGAGAAACUGCAAAAGUUGGAGGUUUUUGGUGGCUUGAUUCUUUAUCACUGUCAUUAGGAUAA